GUCUUUAUGAGUGAAGAUUAUUUCGACAAAGACUUUUCAACAGUCACAUAUACACUAUUAAUAACAUCCUAUGGCUAUAUGUUGCAGAGUCAUUCUUUAAUCUUGUGGUAAUCGUUGGAAACAGAAGUAAGUUUAAAGAUUGGAACAUAUAUAUAGAGCGCAGUUACAACAUUAGUCAUUACAUUCACAGAGAGCUUAUAUAGAUCCUGAGCAUGGCGAUCGAAAGCUGACUUAGAGGAAUGGGAUUACCGUACUUACUAUAUUAACAUCACAGGACACUGUCACUAUAGCAUUUAUGAUAGCAGCUUGAAGUAAGACUAAGGUAAAGCCUUUAGAUAUUCAAAAACUUUCCAAUAUUUACGGCCAAACGUUUAUAGGAUGAUAACCGUGGGGCGCUUUAAUUACGCUGUUAGUUUUUGCGUUUUUCAUUACCAGGACGGUGAUUUGUACAUAAAACGGCAAUAUAUACAUAGUUCAUGUAAUUUACGGUUCCUUGAAAUGAAUCUGUUGAUCUAUGAUAUGAUAUGCCCAUAUUAUGUGGAAUUUCAAUCAAAUUUGAAGAGGUUUUUAUGUAGACAAGUAAAAUGACACAGCUUUGCCCAAAAUAUCAAGUAUAUAUAUACUAUAGUCUUCCUCGGCAUAUGCACGGAUGGAUAUAACUAUAACCAUCGGUAACUAACGUCUAAACAUUUGUCAAGCUGCCUUGGGUGCAUUAUUUUACUAGUAAUAGAAUUGUCUUGUGAAAAAAAAAACAAUUCAAGUCUCCAAAACAUUAUUUAAUGCAAAUUGAAAAGGUGAAAAGCCGCUCAUAUAAAUGCAUGAAUAUAUGACCUAGAAGAUUAAUCACUUUAAAAUUAAAAUUCACAACACUAUAUAUAUCCUGUUGUCACUAUCAUGCAGUGAUUAUCAUACAGUGAGUAUAAUUAAAAUAAUAUGUUUAUUUUUUACUUAUCUAGUUUUUUGGGUAACAGCUCUAUGGAAUUGUAUCUGGGAAAGUUGCCAACUUGAUUUACUUCAGCUUAAUUUCGUUAAAACUGAAACAGGAUCAAUUCUUUAAAUUGGAAUGUAAAUUUCAUGCAGUGGCGAAAAAAUAUAUCAACAUAUUUUUGGCCUCCAUAUAUUCAUCUGUGGCAACUGAAAGGAUCGCUCCAAAGCACAACCACGGUUGCAUGUCGGCUAAAUCCUCACUGAAACAGUGAAAACUUACAUACAUGCAGCAGUACAUGUGGAUUUUGAUUUGACUUGUAUUGGGUUGAGAAGAUUACACAGCUUCUCAAGCUCUGAAUUUGACUCUGGAGUUUUGAGUCAGGCCCGGUUAAGUUUAAUCAUCGUAUCAGAUUACCGGGACAAAGACCACGAUGUCUUCGGAUUUAAGAAACGUUUCCAAUUCUCCACGAUACUUUUCAUUGGCAUGGUUCCGUUUUCCAAUAGAGCCAGAAGAAAACAUUAAAGUAAUCGAAGUUCUUUUCGACAUCAUUCUGGGAAUGAGUUUAGUGUCAAAUAUUAUACUGUUCUGGAUGAUAUGGAAAAAUCCAGAUAAAAAACCACGAAGCAGUAAAGAUCUGUUGUUGGCAAAUCUUUCCAUAGUCAACGUUUUAUCCACAUUGUUUGGUGUAGUUGCCAGAAUCGACAACCACGUAAGACCAUCCAGUCUAUCCAGAACGACCUUGACUCGCAAAGCUGGGGCAAUAAUGUUGUCCAUAAUUUUACCCAAAUACUAUCCAAGUGUCUUUCUUCUCACACUAACACAAUAUGGCAUGAUUGUUAAACCAUUGAAAUUUAAGUCAAUGGAUCCACAAAAGGUAAAAACGACUAUGAUUUUCCUCAGUAUUCAUUGGGUUCUGACAACUGCUGCACUAAUAAUUAUUCCUAUCGUCUAUGAAGAUUUUGAUAAAUACCUGAAAGUAAUGGUCACGGUUAUCGUCUGUUUAUCUUGGGUAAUAAUUGCAUUCAUUGCUUACAUGUUCAUACGUAUCUUACACACGCUUUGGAAAAGACACAAUGAUCUUAAAAAAAGGUUCAAUGUAUCAGCAACACAGCAAGGAACUGUAGCUAUCCGUCAAAAUACCCGCUUAGCAAGAGUACUGUUUGUAUUCAUAGCAACCUUAGUUCUCUGCAGCUUGCCAUCAAAUACAACGUAUUUGUUCAUCAUACAUUGUUCACAAUGCGAUCAACGUGUUUUAGUAAAGGCAUGCCUGUAUACAUUACCAUUGUUUUUGGCUCUGCAAGUUAUUCAUCCAAUUUAUUGGCUUAUCGCAACGCCAACAUAUUAUAAAGAACUGAAGAGACAGGCUCGUAAAUUAUUAGUAUUCUGUCGUUGUGGAAACGAAAAUUGAACAUAAAACAAAUUCUGACUAAAUUUGAACACUUCAGAUAAAUGGGUGCCAACACGUUUGCACAACAAAGGAUUGAGUUGACCUAAACAGAUUGAAGUCUCCAGUAAGUAUUCAGAAAUUAAAGCGUUGCAAACUCCAUGACUUGAAGGUUUUUCAUACCUUAACUAAGAACAACUAAAGACUGCAUGCGUGUUUUAAUUUUGGAGUUUAAGAUAUAGCAAGAGCGCAAAGACUUAGAAUUUCAAAUUAAAGACUUCAAUAUAAUUGUUCAGGAUAGGUCAAUAUAAUUGUUUAGAAUUCAAGACCUGGAACGGUUGGUUAUUCAGUUAACCCCGCUCUCACAACUAGAUUAUAUAUAAGAGAGUUUAUACGAUAUAUAAGAGAGUUCGCCAAUUCUAAACCCGACGCCAAUCGUAAGCUCUGCAUACAAAUGCUACGACCAACUUUCAAUGCGAGACCUCAAGUGAACUAUCGAUACCGACUGAGAAAUGGAAUGAAUGGAAAAUUUUUUCGUUCUUCUCGAUGUACAGUGUCAGGAAUAAUGUCACUAAAGAUGAUUCUCAAUAUUUGGAUGAAUUAGCGAAUAUGUACAUUAAUGAUCCAUGUAGAAUUUUUUCAAUUUAUUUACCCUAAACGAUUGUAAAGAUAAGAGCGAAUGAGAGUGUAUUGUAAAAAAUGGUGUGGGAAAGAAUAUCGAACCUCAAUUGAAAACAAUAGUUUAAAAAUACUGUUCAGAAAUGCUGUAACCAUCCGCUUAAUCAUAUUACUGGUAUAAAUAAAUACAUUUAACUCUUUUUCGUCCGGUGCCAAUUAGACCAGGACUGGACCGACCUGGUUCUUUGGAGAUUUAUAUCUUUGGUUCAGUGCAUGCUAUGUAGAUGAAAAUAACACUGUUCGAUUCAGUAGGAAAUUUCCUAUCGAUAGAGUUAGUAAAAUGUCAAUAUUUUAGCGAUUUACGACCUUUAGAGGUCAAGCGACUUCAUAUUUCAUUAUAUUACACAAUAAUCCCGAAAUAUGUAAACAAUGUUUACU